AUGGAAUAUUCAUGCGUUGGAUUAAAUGAUUUACCUGAUGAAAUUCUUAUGAUUAUUUUAAAAAAACUGAACAAUCUUGAAGUACUUUAUUCUUUACAAGGUGUCAAUCAACGACUAAAUAAAAUGGUUCAUGAUUCAAUUUUUGCAGGUCGUUUGACUUUUGUCAAAUGGUUUUCACAUAAUUUUAUCGAUCUAUUUUGUUGUAAUAUGGUACUUGAUCGAUUUUGUUUACAAAUUUUACCUGAAAUUCAUGGUAAAAUCAAAUGGCUUGAUCUUGAAGCAUCAUCCAUGAAACAUGUUUUACGUGUUACCGAUUAUCCUAAUUUACAUACUCUCGGCCUUUAUAAUAUUAACGAAGAGUUAGCUCAAUGUCUUUUUACUGAUGAAACUCUGUCAUGUGGUGUUUUCAAAAAUCAAAUUACAACACUAUUACUUACAAUUGGUAAUAAUAUGGAGGCGGUAGAUACAGUUGUAAACAUAUGCGAUUAUAUCUUGAAUGUUUUCACCAAUUUGAUUUAUUUAAUAUUGUAUGAAUCAUCGUAUAAAAAUCGUGUUCCAUUAUUUUUUGAUGAUCCACCUCCUCCUACUUUUCGUUCUUCAACUCUUCUGAAAUUGAGUGUUAGAUUAAAAUGUUUUGGUGAUUGUCUUUAUCUUCUCGAUGGCCGCUUUAACCAACUUCACACGCUCUAUGUUGCUUUGGUUAAUCUUCAUCGUACAGAAUUAAGUGAAAAAGAAGGAGAUUUACCAAAUCUAAAGUGUUUUUCUCUGUCAUGUAAUCUCGAAACAUCUCAUCACGAUGAAAUAAUCUUCCCACUUCUAAAUCGAAUGCCAAAUCUAGAACAGCUGGGUUUGUAUCUUCUGAUCCAUGUUGAUGAAAUAUUUAUUGAUGGAAACCAUUUGAAGAAAAACAUUAUUAAUCGUAUGCCAAGAUUAAAUCAGUUUACAUUUUAUAUUAGCUCUUCCAUGUUUACUCGUAAUAAAUUGAAUUUGCCAUCAACAGAAGAUAUUCAGCGUACAUUCAUUGAUUUUCCAAAUAAUGAAAUAGUUUCUUAUGUUGAUUAUUUUCCAAAGGCAGAACGAGGCCUAUGUCAUAUUUACUCAUAUCCAUCUGUAAUGGAAUGUUACAGCGACAUCUCAAAUAAUUUUCCUGGUGGAUUAUUCAAUUAUGUUCGUAUGGUGUCCUUGUUUGAUGAACAUCCAUUUGAACAUGAAUUUUUUCUUCGAAUUGUUCAAUCAUUUCCAUUUAUGGAAAAACUGUGUUUGAUUAAUUAUAAACCACAAACUUGCAAACAAUUUUAUGAAUCAAACAAUGAUAAUCUAAAUUUAUCUGUUAUUGAAUAUUCUUUUCUUAGUGAACUUGUUAUUGUCCAUGUUCAUGAUGAUUAUAUAGAACAAUUUCUAUUUGAUACUAAAACGUAUUUACCAUACAAUAUUAUUCUUCAUGUCAAUUAUGAAUCUUUACAACGAGUAACAAACUAUUUCAAAAGAGAUGCUACACGAAUUAAUUGUGCCAAAAUAAAUAAAUUAAAUUUAGGUGGUGAAUCAAAAUGCUCGAAUUCUUUAGAACAAUAUUUUCCGUAUGCAGAAAUAUCUUAUUCAAUAAUAUAUUGA